AUGCCGCCAUCUAGACCACCACCAUCGAUGUAUCCGCCGUUGCCACGAUCCGUCACACAUCUACCUCCCUUCCCACAGCUCUUACAUCUCAGAAACGAUCAAUCCGAUGCGCGAUCACCACUGCAACAACCUGACUCAGUAGAUACAUCACUACAACCUCUAUCGGAUGACGAGGAUGAAUUGGAUGAUAACGCAACAGGUGUAGGUGCAAAUAGUCCCUUGGAGAAAAAUAGCAGUGGUAAAAAGGAGAGGAAACCUCACGCCACACGGAGACGAGUCGUUCAGAGCUGCUCAGAAUGUAGAAGAAGGAAGAUAAAAUGUGAUAAGAAAUUUCCUUGUGGACCAUGUAUACUGCGGUCAGAUCAGGCAAGAUGUCAUGAAGUAGGGAUGGCCGAGAAGAACGUAGUUGCUUCACCGAAUAAUCUGGCCACUACCUCGGAACUGGCUGUUAUAGCUCAUCGGCUAGACGCGUUGGAAGCUUCUUUAGUCAAAAACGGAGCACUGAGACCAUCAGAUCUAGAUCACUUCUUGAACAUACUAAGGGAAUCAGAACCUUCCAAUGCUCCCUCAACAUCACGAAAAACAAUCAAACCUUCUUCCGUUCCACAAGCUUUGAAUGAAGAAGAGACAGUUGACGAUACUGAAGGAGCAGCUUUGACUUUGGAACACUUGGCGUUUGGUAGAUCAAGAGUUGAUGGAACACAUGCUAUGCCACAUUUCGGUACCAGAUUUUCAUCGGUAUCACGUCCUGCACCGAAUAACGAUUAUCAUCUGGCAAGAUCCAUCGUUCCGCAACAUGUUCCCACUUCGCCCUCAUCAGGCGUUUUGCCUUUAGAAGGAGGUGCAUUAGGUGUAAGAAGAGGUUCAAGUUACAAUUCGAAUUCAGGUGGUUUGAACGCCGGUUCAGGAUCGGCAGGCUCUGCAGGCUUAUCGAUCGAAGAAAGAGCAAAGAAAAUAGAUCAACUAUUGGAAUUACUCGGUCCAACAGAUAUCUUUGAUCUGUUUUAUAGAAAGACGGAUGUCGCCAUCAUCGCUUUGACAAGAUUGUUACCCUCGAGACAAAGAGGAGAGAUUUUGGUCAAAGCUUACCUUGAGAAAGUGGAUUGGUUGCAUCGAUGCAUGCAUGUACCAACCUUCCUGAGACAAUGCAACGAUCUAUGGUGUCUCCCUUCAGAUAGAAUACCGCACGAAAUUGCAUUGCCAUUUUUAGGAUUGUACCUGACCGUUUGCACGCUGGGUUUGCAAUUCAUGGAUCAAUCUGAGAUCAGCAAACAUUUCACUGUCGAGGAAGCUCACACGUUACCUGAUACAUGGUUCAACGCAGCAAGAAGUGCUUUGUGGGCAGCUGAUUUCGUGGGGAGUCAUACAAUGGAAGCGCUUCAGUGUAUCAUACUGCUCGGUGUUUUUAUGAAUAAUCGUGACCGAGCAGACGCAGCUUGGGCUUUGCUUGGUGCAGCUAUCAAAAUGGCACAAGGAUUGGGCCUGUCUCGACUUGGUGCAGAGCAGCAAGCGGUUGACGGAAAACCGUUACCUAUGUGGAUCGGUAGAUGGGAAAGUCUUAUACAAAGAGAAGUUGGAAGGAGGAUUUGGUGGAAUCUGGUCUUCCUAGAUUGGCAGCUGGCUCCUAGCUAUAACUUUUCCUGCAGUAUACAACCUGAUCAGAUCAAAACAGCACUUCCUGCCAAUAUCGAAGACGAGGAUAUAAUUGAUGGGCAACCAUUUAAUCCUCAGCCACUAGCAGUCAGAACAGGAAUGUCAUUCCAACUUGCCCGACUGAAAUUCGCAGAAAUCUCACAAAGGCAGAUCUGGCAAGCUAACAAUAAUCAUCAUCCGCCUUAUUCAUUCAUUUUGAGUGUCGAUGGUGAAUUACGGAAGGCGAUGAUGGAACUUCCAUCUUUCUUCCAACCUGAAUCUAGUACUAAAGGACCACCUUCUCAAGAUCCCAAGGCUAUGAUCCAAUAUUACGAGAAAAUCAUGCUUAAUUUAGCUAUCCAUUCUAGAAUGAUGAGAUUGCACAGACCUUGGUUAUCCAGAGGAUAUGAGGAUGAAAGAUUUUCGUACUCUAAAGAACAGUGUAUAAGAGCCGCUAGAGCAAGCUUGAGGAUGAUGUCGGACGCUGAUGGCACCGCAUCAUUUUUGGAAAAGUGGUGGUUACCUCUCUUUUAUGUAUCGGUAUCUGGCUUGGUGGUCAUUAUUGAUCUCCUUCGUACCCCACGACGACAAAUGUAUUCGCGGGAAACGGAUGAGAAAAUUGCUGAAGUGAAGGGAGCAUUGGAUCAGAUGAGGGGUAUUAUGGAUGUAUCUCAUCCUGCUAGAGCGGCCGUUCGUGUAAUGGAUUUACUAUUGGCCGAGGUGGAAGAUCGAAGACAAACACCAGGAUCACUAUUAGGUAAACGUAAAUCGAGUGAAGACCUAGAAGACGAAGAAUCUGGAGGACUACAGAGAGCCGUCAAGAAGUUGAUCAGACAAGCUCAGUUAGAAGCUGAUUCACCCAAUACUUCCAUGACUGCUACAACACCUGAUCACCUUCGACAAAUCUCACAGUCACCACAACAAACCGACAAGGAAAAAGAGAAGGAAAAAUCAAAGUCUUCGUCGUUAUCUCAUGAACAUGAUAGAGAUAGAGAAAGACCUGUAUUUGAUGCUUAUCCAAUGCCAUUCAACCCUGUUCAACCUACCAUUAUGAACCAAACUGAACCUACCAAUUCAGAGCUGAAUUCGAAUCAAAACAAUCAAGGAUUACACGCACAAAUGCCAAUCAAUGGUCAUCACCUAAACAAUGGUGGUAGUGGUGGUGAUAUCGGAAACGAAAAUAGCCCAUUCAACUUCCCGAUGGAUAUGUCAAGUAUACCAUUAUCGACAGGAUAUCCUUCAUUUGAUGGAAGUGGUAGAAACAAUUUCGGUCAACAACAACCUACUUUAGAUCCCGCUGUCCAAUCAAUGUUAUCUAAUUACUUCCCACAACAACAUAACUCAACUACGAUGACUCAACCUGUGGGAUCGGCAACUUUACCUCAAGCUCCUGAUGAUUUCUUAUCUAGAGUAUUCGGUUUUGGUUGGGAUGCGGCUGGUGCAAGUGGAAAUCCUAGUCCUGCCCAGAACCAAAAUCCAAAUCCAAAUCCAAAUCAGAAUCAGAAUAUACAACAACAUGAGCAACAACAACAACAACAACAGCAACAAAUGAACUCAGGUCAUGGUAAUACGAAUCAAUUAGGACAACAUGACUACAAUCACCAACAACAAUUCAAUCAACAACAACCUAAUCAAAAUUCGAACAAUCUUGGUAAUUUCGGCGCUCCAGCAGGGUGGAGUAGUCAUGGAUGGAUGGCAUAG